AAUCGAACAGAAAGAAAAAAAGUCAAAGUUUUGUGCCAUUUUAUAACAUUACAGUCGAGCUGGAUAUAGGGAAGCUCCAAAGUGCCUUUUGACGUUAUUAUACCACUUUUUUAAUAGAUAUAUAGAGGUUCAUUAAUUUUAUUUACAUAAAUAUGUUUGGAUAUAAAUUCUGAGACAAGUGUUGGAGAAUGAUACCGAAAUAUCCACACAGAAGCUACAAAAUAGAUUGAUAGAUAUACGGCGAACUGUGAACACUAAUACCCACGAACACUUACCCAUCACAUACAGAAAGACAAGGAUAGCCUUGAUCCGUUUUUUAAUCUUUAUUUGAAAAAUGUAGUUAAAUGUUCAAUGAUGAGUGAUAUUACUUUUGGAAACUCGUAUAAUUAACACAUAGCAAUUUACUUUAAAUAUUUCACGACGAUUUAUGUAUUGUUUUCAUAUGUGAUGACUUGACGAUUCCGGUACAUUUUUUAUUUACCAUUCCUGUUGUUCUUGGAAACGGUAAACAUGUUUUAAAUAUCCGUAUCCAGGGCCCGGAAAUAAACAACACUAUCAAAAGCACAUCCUGAAGGUUUUUAACCGAUUUUUUUUA